UCCUACAAAAUCAAAACAAAAAACAUAAAGAUUAUUAACAAAGUCACAUUUGCAGCUACAGCCAAGUCUGUCUCAAUUUUAAAAGACUAGCUAACACGUUAAUGAAAUUAAACCUGAUUCUUAAGUGUUCCGAGAAAAUGUUCCAGUCUUUUUAAAAUUUGCAAUUCUCAAAAUCGAAGGGCAUAGUCUUCUUAGUGAAAGCAUUUAUGAUGUAAUAUGAUGGAGCCGUAUAAUAUUUUUCAAACAGGAGUACACAUAUCAGAAGUGAUCUGCUAUGCUGUCUCACAGAACAUUACAAGGCUGGGAGAAAUGCAUCAUUACAACACCCGGAACGCCAUGAACUAUGCUCUGCCAAUUCAUCGCCUUACUCUGUAUGAGAGGAAGCCAAGCUAUGCAGGACCUAAACUCUUCAAUAUUCUUCCAGACCAUCUGAAAAUAAACAGUGGACAGAAAUGCUUCAAGAAGAAACUCCAAGAAUGGUUUCUACAGAGGACAUUUUACUCCCUUGAAGAAUUUAUAAACUGGAGGAACCAUUAAUCAUAGUGCUUAAAAUGGUUUAUCCACUGUUUUCUACAUUGCUGACUAAUAUUCUAAAUUAUUACCUUUACCUACUUGACGCCAAUUCUGUAACUCUAUGUACAUGAAUAAAGAAACUGUCUAUUGUCUAUUGUUUAU